AUGGAAGCAACUUUAUUGGACCAUUGGAAGAGCAUGCCAAUCGAGAAGUACGAUGGUUCGACCGACCCCGAGGAGCACUUGAAUGUUUUCUUGACUCAGGCAACUCUCUCCACUCAAGACGACUCGGCAUUGUGUCGAAUAUUCCCCACGUCACUGAAAGGGAGGGCUCUAAGAUGGUUCACCAGACUGCCAACUUCCUCCAUCGACUCGUUUGCCGAGUUGUCAUCCCAAUUUACUUUGCAAUUCGCUACGAGUAAGCCGUACAGGACCACCUCGUUAGCUUUAGCGGGGGUCCGUCAAGAGAAGAAGGAAAGCCUGAGGAGUUUCAUGGACCGAUUCAACAAGAUUGCGAUGGAGAUUGGUGAUCUUAACCCUGCCGUGGCCCUGGACCGGUUGAGCACGGCACUUAGGCCGGGACCGUUUGUGAAUAGUUUAUGCAAAAAGCCACCCGUUGACAUGAACGACCUCCGUAGACGUGCCGAGAAGUAUAUGCAGAUGGAGGAAUUGGCGGAGACAAGAAACCAAGCCAGGACCAAAGAGGGUUACAGCCGGAAGGAGCAAGGUCGGGAGCCGAUGAAAAGGGCGAAUACCGAGCCCUCGAACACUCGACCGCCGAGAGGACCGCGUUACACGACUUAUACUCCCCUUAAUGCGAGUAGGGCCAAGGUGCUGGAGCAGGCUCUUGCGUCGGAGAUUUUGGUGAUACCGAAGAGGGCGAACACUCCUCCGAGGGACGACAAGGCUAAAACUUGCCGAUUCCACCGAAAUCGAGGCAAUUCAACAGAGGAGUGCUGA